ACCUAUUUGACCCCAUCACCAAGCAAAAACAUUACUACCUUUCAUCUUUUCGUAACCCUAACUCCAAACCAAAACUGUCUCGUCAUUCUUUCAUUAUACACGCCUCUUUUUUUUUUUUGUUUUGUUUUGUUUUUCUCUCUUCUUCUUCCUCUUCUUGUCGAUGCUCCGUCUUGCUGAUACCAAAGCUCAAACGGGGAGGGUUCCUUUGUUAACUGCUCUCUCUUUUUCUCCUCUUCAAACCCUUUUCCCCUUUCAUGUCUUCAAUUACCGCCUCUUCUCUUCCAGGGUCUCCAAAAGCCCUACUUUCUGAUUUCGAUUUCCCUCCCUUCUCUAUACACAACAAACCUUCUCCUCUCUUUCACACUCUUCUAUUCAUAUUCAAUUUUACCUUAUUGCCUCUUCAACUUCCAUCUCUUCAGCAACAUGACCAAUUCUAAGGUUCUACUAUUUGGCUCAUUUACUGAAGAUGAAACCAAAUCAUUGAGGGUGAAAAAAUCUUCUGGGAGAAAAGAUAAGCCUGUUGACAAGAGUCAGCUGCAAUUUGGUUCUCUGAAUUCUGUUACUGUUGAAUCAAGCAACCUGCCAAAUUCACUAAAAGCACCAAAAAAUGUUCCUCUCCCUGAUUCUCAGAAACUUAAUGGUGUGAACGGUGUCGGUGCUAACUUACCUAAGGCCCACGAAACUGUAAAAGAGAAUGGCAGUAUUACUAAUUUCUCGCCCAGUCCCUCAAGUAUCACUAGUGCAAACAGUGUUAAAGAACAUCACAUGAGUUCUGUUGCACUGCUUGAUGGAAAUGGUACUGCGAACCAUUUUGCAAAUUUGAGCCUGGAUGCUUCAGGGACUGAAAGUUUGAAGAGUGCCUUAGAAAAUGGCAAUGGUGAUACUUCAAAGUUAUUUGAUGAAGACUUGAAUAAGGCACCAAAUGGGCAUGCUGUUAUGCAUGUAAAGGAACUGCUACCUCGAGGCCUUAUUAACUCCGGGAAUUUAUGCUUCCUUAGUGCAACCGUGCAGGCUCUCUUGGUUUGUUCUCCUUUUGUUCAGCUUUUGCAGGAGUUAAGAACUCGGAACAUUCCUAAGGUUGGCUAUCCCACGCUUAAAGCAUUUGCUGAGUUUGUAACUCAAUUUGACAUGCCAAGUGGAAUAAAGUUAAAGAAGAAAGAUACAGAUUCUUUUGAGUUUGGACGGGCCUUUUGCCCUGUUAUGUUUGAAGAUGUUCUGAAAAAUUUUACUCCGGAUGUGUCAAAUAGCAUUUCAGGAAGACCAAGGCAAGAAGAUGCUCAGGAAUUUCUGAGCUUUGUUAUGGAUCAAAUGCAUGACGAAUUACUGAAGCUUGAAGGACAGUCUUCAAGUCUUAAUGGUAGCAAAUCUUUUCUAGUUUCUUCCGUGGAAGAUGAUGAGUGGGAAACAGUAGGGCCAAAGAAUAAAUCUGCUGUUACAAGGACUCAAAGCUUUAUUCCCUCAGAGUUAAAUGAUAUUUUUGGAGGACAACUCCAAAGUUUGGUUAGAACUAAAGGAAAUAGAUCUGCCACUGUUCAACCAUAUCGCUUGCUUCAUCUUGAUAUUCAUCAUGAUGCUGUUCACACCAUUGAGGAUGCCUUGCACUUGUUUUCUGCCCCAGAAACUCUUGAAGGGUACCGAACAUCAGUCUCCGGAAAGGCAAGGACUGCAAAAAAAUCUAUUCAGAUACAGACACUUCCUAAAGUAAUGAUAUUGCACCUGAUGCGAUUUGGUUAUGGAAGCCAGGGAAGCACCAAGUUGCUUAAGCCUGUGUACUUUCCUCUUGAGUUGGUAUUGGGUCGUGACCUGCUUGUUUCACCAUCUACCGAGGGUCGAAAAUAUGAACUUGCUGCUACAAUUACUCAUCAUGGAAGGGAGCCUUCAAAAGGACACUACACAGCUGAUGCUCAGUACCCUAACGGUCAGUGGCUAAGAUUUGAUGAUGCAUCUGUCUUUGCCAUUGGAGCAAAUAAGGUUCUGCAUGAUCAGGCCUAUGUUCUUUUCUACAAACAGAUAUAAGCAUAAACAUAAUACUCUGUUGAUAUCUACUCCCUUUUGCACUUAGGAAAGGGUUGACAGUUGAUUAAUGUAUUGAAUGGAGAAGAUGUGAGUGAUUAUUAAUUAAGGUGAUCAUAUAUAUUUUGUUUCAGUCUAGGGUGUGAUAAGAGUAAUUGUUGUAACAUUCUUUUUCUCGUUGUCAUCUAAAUCAUGAAAAGUUUUGUAGUCCUUGUCUGAACACGAGAUCAUGUUACAGUUAAAAGGCGUAUAAGAAAUACCGCCUAUUGUAAAGUUUGACUAGCUUGCAAGAAAUUGGGAUUUAAAGCUUUGACUUGUUGAUUUUGUA